UUGUGGAGCUGAACGAGCUGAUGAUUGACAGGAACCAUGAGCUGCAGUGGAGGGAGACGGCUCGCUGGAUCAAGUUUGAGGAGGAGGUGGAGGAGGAGACGGAGCGGUGGGGUCGACCUCACGUCGCCUCUCUCUCCUUCCGUUCGCUGCUGGAGCUUCGAAAAACCAUCUCCCAUGGGGCGGUGCUUCUGGACCUGAAGCAGAGGACGCUGCCGGACAUCGCCCAGCAGGUGGCAGAGCAGAUGGUGAUCUCAGAUCAGAUCAAAGCUGAGGAUCGAACCAACGUCCUGAGAGCUCUGCUGCUCCGACACAGUCAUCCCAGUGAUGAGAAAGAUCACAGCUUGUUCAGCAGAAACAUCUCUGCUGCCAACAUGGCCGGCCUGAUUGACAAACACAAUGGCCAAUCAGAGCUCUCCCCAGACCUGACCAAUCACAAAGAGGCUGACCCAGAGAAGACCAAGAGAGAAGCCCCACCCCCCUGUCACUCCAGAUCCAAACAUGAAGCAAAGCUGAUGGAGAAGAUCCCAGAGAGAGCUGAGGCCACUGUGGUCCUCGUAGGCAGUGUGAGUUUUCUGGACCAGCCCUCCAUGGCGUUUGUGCGGCUGCAGGAGGCGGUCCUGCUGGAGUCUGUUCUGGAAGUCCCUGUCCCUGUGAGGUUCCUUUUCCUGCUGCUGGGCCCACCUGUCACUAACAUCGACUAUCACCAGAUCGGACGCUCAAUCUCCACACUCAUGUCAGACAAGCACUUCCACGAGGCAGCGUACCAGGCAGAUGACCGCCAGGAUCUUCUGACAGCCAUCAACCGUUUCCUGGACUGCAGCGUCGUCCUGCCUCCCUCAGAGGUUGAUGGGGAUGAGCUCCUGCACUCUGUCGCUCGCUUCCAAAGAGAAAUGCUCCAAAAGAGGGAAGAGGAGCAGGGCAGCAAACUGCAGGAUAAACAGUCGAGUAUUCAGCAGCAUGAAGAUUCCCUGGUUCCCUCCAAACCCAGCAAUGAGCCCCUGAGGCGUUCAGGUCGUCUGUUUGGAGGUCUGGUCAAAGACGUGGUGCGACGUUACCCUCAGUACCUCAGUGACAUCAGAGAUGCUCUGAACCCUCAGUGCAUGGCCGCCAUCAUCUUCAUCUACUUUGCUGCCCUGUCACCUGCAAUCACCUUUGGUGGACUGUUAGGUGAGAAAACAGAGGGUCUGAUUGGUGUGUCGGAGCUGAUUGUUGCCACGGCCAUGCAGGGCAUAGUGUUCAGCGUGUUGGGUGCUCAGCCUCUGCUGGUGAUCGGCUUCUCUGGGCCGCUGCUUGUGUUUGAAGAGGCCUUCUACACUUUUUGUAAAGACAAUGGGAUCGAGUAUUUGACCGGCCGGGUGUGGAUCGGGUUCUGGCUGGUGCUACUUGUUCUCCUCACUGUUGCCUUUGAGGGAAGCAUCCUUGUGCGCUUCGUCUCCCGCUUCACUCAGGAGAUUUUCUCCUUUCUCAUUUCCCUCAUUUUCAUCUAUGAGACCUUCGCCAAACUGGUCAAGAUCUUUCAGGAGCAUCCUCUCCAAAACUGUUACCAUGGUAACAAUACAGUAUCUCCAUUCCUCUGCAACUAUACAACUGUUGCUGGGAAUCCUGGGAAGGUUGUUGGAGAACCCAACACUGCCUUGCUGUCAUUACUGCUUAUGGCGGGAACGUAUCUCAUCGCUUUCUACCUCCGCAAGUUCAAGAACAGCUCUUUCUUCCCCGGCAGGCUCCGCAGGAUCAUCGGAGACUUUGGGGUCCCCAUUGCUAUCCUCAUCAUGGUGUUGGUGGACUACAGUGUGGAGGACACCUACACCCAGAAACUCAAUGUGCCCAGUGGAUUCUCUGUCUCCAGUCCAGAGAAGCGUGGUUGGAUGAUUUCUCCUUUGGGGUCGGACGGGCAAUUUCCCAUUUGGAUGAUGGGUGCAAGCAUUCUGCCGGCCAUUCUCGUCUUCAUCCUCAUCUUCAUGGAGUCCCAGAUCACAGCACUGAUUGUCAGUAAGAAGGAGAGGAUGCUGGUGAAGGGAACUGGCUUUCACCUGGACCUCCUCAUCAUUGUGGUGGUGGGUGGAAUCUCAGCUCUGUUUGGUUUGCCUUGGCUGUCAGCUGCUACGGUUCGGUCCGUCACCCACACCAAUGCCCUCACUGUCAUGAGCAAAGCUGUUGCCCCUGGGGACAAGCCCCGCAUCCAGGAAGUGAAGGAGCAGAGGGUGACUGGCUUCCUGGUGGCUGUGCUAGUGGGUCUGUCCAUUGUGAUCGGAGAAGUUCUGCGUCAAAUCCCUCUGGCUGUGCUUUUUGGGAUCUUCCUCUACAUGGGUGUGAUGUCUCUGAACGGGAUCCAGCUCACCGAGAGGCUCAUCCUGCUGCUGAUGCCCUCAAAGUACCACCCUGAUCAAAGCUACGUCCGCAAGGUACGGACGUUAAGAAUGCACAUGUUCACUCUCGUCCAGCUGACCUGUCUGUCUCUCCUGUGGGUUGUCAUGGCGACAGCAGCUGCAUUAGCCUUCCCCUUUGUGUUGCUGCUGACGAUCCCUGUGAGGAUGCUGCUGCUGCCUCAUCUCUUCACCCGCAGAGAGCUGCAGAGUCUGGAUGCUGAUGACGUAGAGUCUCACCUGGAGGAGAAGGAGGGGCAGGACGAGUACUCACAGCUGCAGAUGCCCGUGUGACCCGCCCAGCAGUGUGGUGAUUGGUCGAUCUGACCAGAUGGACUGAACCUGCUCCCGUCUUCGCUAGCAUCUAACAUGUAUCCUGUAGGAAGGGGGGGGGGGGGUACUGAAACCCUGUUUUUUAUUUUCUUUGUUUCUGUUUGACUCUGAACUGAGCUUCUGAACUCUGGGUUCAGGUCUGAUUUACUUCUGGUUCAGGUCUAGUUCUGUC